AUGCUCGCCAAGCGCGUUGCUGCCAUCAGCUUCUUGCUCGACCGCGACGACGACUCCUCCUCCGGCACGGGGGCGGGGUGGUGCAAGCGGCGCCGUCUCUGGACGACAGCGGACUACGAGACGACCCGGGUGCUCGGGGAGGGCAGCUUCGGCGCCGUCGUCGAGGCGCGGCACCGCGCCACGGGCCAGGCCGUCGCCGUGAAGACACUCCGCGCGCCAGCUGGUGCUGGGGCGGAGACGGAGGCGGGGGCCAAAGCUCUGCGGGAGGCCGAGCUCCUCGCGGCCUGCCGCGGCCACCCGUCCCUGGUCGGCCUGCACGCGAUCGCCAUCAACCCCGCCACGGCCGAGAUCGCGCUCGUGAUGGAGUGCGUCGGUCCCAACCUCCACGACGUACUCAACGGAAGCCGCUACCGCUCCGGCCGCCCGUUCACGGAGCAGCAAGUGCGGCUCAUCAUGCGGCAGCUCCUGGCCGGGGCCAAGCACAUGCACGCGCGCCGGAUCAUGCACCGGGACAUAAAGCCCGGGAACAUCCUUGUCAGCGCCGGCGCCGGCGCCGAUGACCGCGAGCCCGUCUCCGUCAAGAUAUGCGACCUCGGGCUCGCCGCCUCGAUCACCAAGCCGGCGUACGGGCAGGCCGGCACGGUCCGGUACAUGGCGCCGGAGAUGCUCCUGGGGAAGCCCGACUACGACGCGAUGGUGGACAUGUGGUCCCUCGGAUGCGUCAUGGCGGAGCUCCUCACCGGGAAGCCGCUCUUCGACGGGGAGGACGACAUGGAGGUGCUCAGCUUGAUAUUCGGCGUGCUCGGCGUGUCGGAGCGGACGACGUGGCCGGCAUUCAAGUCCCUCCCGCUCGCCGCCAUGGUGCCCCUGCCGCCCGUCCGCCACCCCAGCAUGCUGCCGAAGCUCUUUCCCAAGAAGCUCCUGUCCGCGGAUGGAUUCGGCCUCCUGCAGCGGCUCCUCUCCUGCGACGCCGACAAGAGGCCGUCGGCGUCGGUCGCGCUCCGAAGCCCGUGGUUCACUAAAGACACGGACUCUGCUGCUUCAGUUUCUGCUACAGCAAAGAUGGCUCAAUGAUCUGAUCUAGAAGAAGAUUGUCUAACGUAUUACUAUACGCGUACUAACCGACAGUUAUGAACUUAUGAUAGAUUGAUUGUUAUAUGCUUUAUUUUAUGAACUUGUUUGU